AUGUGGAAACGGGGACAGGCUGGCUUUCUUAUACUUGCAGAUUACAAAAGAGUGUCCGUGUGCCUCGAAGCCCCGGGGGAGGCAGCCGUGACUCAAGGCUGGAAGGAGGCCCGAGGCGGCGGCGGCGGCAGCCAGCACUGGAAUCCAGACGACACACCUGGGUGCACCCGGGCGUUUCAGCGCCCCUGCAGAGUCCCGUCCCAGCAGGAUCUGCCGGCACCCACCUUGCUUCCGGGGCUGUGCGUCUCCAGCGUGUCUCCAGCCAGGUCUGGCUCAGGAGGACACGGGCGCAUCAGCGUGCGAGAUAAGCUUCCUGGCCUGCGCCGCCCGGACAGCCGCCCGCCGCGCCUGCAGCCCCGAACGGCCGCCGCGCGCGCCCCGCCUGCAGCCGGGGCCGGCAAGCCGGGCCGAGCCCUCCUUAUGCAAAGCGCGCAGCGGAGCGGCGAGCGGGGGACGCCGCGCACCCAGCCGGGCUCCUCUGGCUUCGCCGCCGCAGCCGCCGCCGCCACCGCCACCGCAGCCCGCGGAGGACCUUCCCGAGCCUGA